GGCGGUGCCCGGCCGGGGGAGGCGGCGCCUGGGCGGUAGGACGGGCCGAGCGGGGGAGUUUAUCCCACUAGAAGGGAACAGUUUCUCCCGCUGAGACUUGACAGCGCCAGGUCAGUGCGGGCUGCGGGGGACCUUCCCCCGAGGGAUUACAAUGGUUGACACAGAAAUGCCGUUUUGGCCCAUUAAUUUUGGAAUUAGUCCAGUGGAUCUGUCUGCGAUGGAUGAUCAUGCACAUUCCUUUGACAUAAAGCCAUUUACCACUGUUGAUUUUUCAAGCAUUUCUUCACCGCACUACGAAGAUAUUCCUCUUGCAAGAACUGAUCAGACAAGCAUUGAUUAUAAAUACGAUAUCAAGCUCCAGGAUUGCCAAAGUGCAAUCAAAAUGGAGCCUCCUUCCCCACCCUAUUUUUCAGAAAAAGUUCAGUUGUACAAUAAACCUCACGAGGAGUCCUCCAACUCCCUGAUGGCUAUUGAAUGUCGUGUGUGUGGGGACAAGGCCUCCGGAUUUCACUAUGGUGUGCAUGCAUGUGAGGGCUGCAAGGGCUUUUUUCGAAGAACAAUUAGAUUAAAGCUAAUUUAUGACAGGUGUGAUCUUAAUUGCCGCAUCCAUAAGAAAAGCAGAAAUAAAUGUCAAUACUGCAGAUUUCAGAAAUGCCUUGCUGUUGGAAUGUCACAUAAUGCCAUCAGGUUUGGGAGAAUGCCACAGGCGGAGAAGGAGAAGCUCUUGGCAGAGAUUUCCAGCGACAUCGACCAGUUAAACCCUGAAUCUGCUGAUCUACGAGCACUUGCCAAACAUUUGUAUGACUCAUACAUAAAGUCCUUCCCUCUGACCAAAGCCAAGGCGAGGGCGAUCUUGACAGGAAAGACAACAGACAAAUCACCAUUUGUUAUUUAUGACAUGAACUCUUUAAUGAUGGGAGAAGAUCAGAUCAAGUGCAAGCAUGUGUCACCACUGCAGGAGGAGAACAAAGAAGUAGCAAUUCGCAUUUUCCAGCGAUGCCAGUUCCGCUCAGUGGAGGCAGUGCAGGAGAUCACAGAAUUUGCCAAGAACAUUCCAGGUUUUGUGAAUCUUGACCUGAAUGAUCAAGUAACUCUCCUGAAAUAUGGCGUCCAUGAGAUCAUAUAUACUCUCCUGGCUUCUCUGAUGAAUAAAGAUGGAGUUCUUAUAUCUGAUGGACAAGGAUUCAUGACACGGGAGUUCCUGAAGAGCCUGAGAAAACCUUUUUGUGACUUUAUGGAACCCAAGUUUGAGUUUGCUGUGAAGUUCAAUGCACUGGAAUUAGAUGACAGUGACCUGGCAAUAUUUAUAGCUGUCAUUAUACUAAGUGGAGAUCGCCCAGGUUUGUUAAAUGUGAAGCCCAUUGAAGAUAUACAAGACAAUCUGUUGCAAGCUUUGGAGCUCCAGCUAAAGCUGAAUCAUCCAGAAUCAUCACAGCUGUUUGCAAAGUUGCUUCAGAAAAUGACGGACCUCAGACAGAUUGUAACGGAACAUGUGCAGCUUUUGCAAAUAAUAAAGAAAACGGAGACAGAUAUGAGUCUUCAUCCACUCCUACAAGAAAUCUAUAAAGACUUAUAUUAAUGACCAUAGUAGUUCUAAUCCGCUGACAUAAUGUAUGUUCUUCAGAUUGCACUAUUUCUUUGAGGGAAAAUUUUGCAUACCUAAGAAAUUACUGUGAAACAGCAUUUAAAAAGAGAGAGCUUAGUAUAGUAGAUCUAUUUUAUGCAUAUUGUUUAUAAAGACACAUUUACAAAUUACUUUUAAUAUUAAAAAUAUCUAUAUCAUGAAAUUGUUGGCAGUAUUUUCAGAAUUAAUUUUUUUAACUAUCUUAUUUCUUAAAAUUGCUUGUCCAGUAUGAUUGAUGCUUCACUGAAGUUGGUUAAGCAUGCAGUUAAAUUUUCAACUUAAAAAUAAAAACCUUUUUUCUUAAACAUUUCUAGGGAAACGUUUUAAGUAUUAUGUUUGAUUUUGUGCUCCCAAGGCAGCAGCAAAAUAACAAUAAAAUUGAAUCACAGAUUACUGUCACUUCCUACGACAGGCAAAAGUUGGAAAAGUCAGGUCUGACAAUAUCUCUGCCUACCGUAAUAUAACUGUACACGGACAGAGCUCGGUAAAGAGGUCUUCGUGUAAGAAUUAGGCCCAUCAUUUGUGGGCAAACCCCAAAAGUAGAUGCCAUUUCAGUAAUUAAUUCAGGAGGGAACAUGCACUGCUUAUCACUCUUCAAUCACUCUGCUCAGGCAGUGCCGAGGCAGGUGGAGCAGCAGCCUGGAGGAGGCACGGCACAGCUGCCCCCCACGGCCGCCAAGGCACGUGCCACAGCAGCUGGUGCUGACGCAGCUUCGGGCACUCUGGAGUCUGUAGUUGGAAUAGGUUUGUACAAACCACUUGGCCUGCAGCCGUCCCAAAUUAUUUGAUGAACUAUGGUUGAACAAUAUAUUCAGUCAGAAAUGUCAUGGAGAAUUGGAAUAGCGUGACUCUUCCUGAACAAAAGCAAGGUUCAAAUUCAUUCUUGGAAAUGUAAACCUGUAGUGGAAACCCUACGAUGUUGGUUUGACUUGAGCUAUCCUUGUUUAUCACCGGGAACAAGAACGCUUUGAUAUGUACGCUGCCGAUAAGGUUGUUAAUUUUCUGAUAUAUAUGUUGCCCUAUAAUGUCACCUAAGAUUUCCCCUGGGAGCAAAGCAUAGGACAGUGAAUAAAUUUAACAGAAGGUAAAUCUA